UAUUGAUGUAUUGAUCUGGCGUUGUAUUGGUGUAUUGAUUAUGUAUUGAUGUAUUGAUGGUGUGUUGUCAGCAGUGGUCAUGAAGCGCCGUCUCUCGUCCCUGGAGUUCGCCCUCGCCGUCAUGGUGGUUCUUCUUCUCCUGUGUUGUGUCGCUCUGAUUGUGGUGUCAUGGCUCAGCCUGAAGAAUGAAGGUAAACAAAGUCGACUCACCUGUUCAGGUGAGACUGUUGCUUUUUAACCUGUAACAGGUAAGAGUGUGAAUGUUGUCAUGUUAGUGUUGUUGUUUGACAAACUGUGUCUUUGUGAAACUAUGUUGUGUUUCUGUGUAGAUGUUUGCAGUUUAUUGUGUAGUUGUUGUGUUGUUGUUGACAGUUUGUUGUGUUGUUGUUGACAGUUUAUUGUGUUGUUGUUGUGUUGUUGUUGUUGACAGUUUGUUGUGUUGUUGUGUUGUUGUUGACAGUUUAUUGUGUUGUUGUUGACAUUUUGUUGUGUUGUUGUGUUGUUGUUGACAGUUUGUUGUGUUGUUGUGUUGUUGUUGACAGUUUAUUGUGUUGUUGUUGACAUUUUGUUGUGUUGUUGUUGACAGUUUGUUGUGUUGUGUUGUUGUUGACAGUUUAUUGUGUAGUUGUUGUGUUGUUGUUGACAGUUUGUUGUGUUGUUGUUGACAGUUUAUUGUGUUGUUGUUGUGUUGUUGUUGUUGACAGUUUGUUGUGUUGUUGUGUUGUUGUUGACAGUUUAUUGUGUUGUUGUUGACAUUUUGUUGUGUUGUUGUGUUGUUGUUGACAGUUUGUUGUGUUGUUGUGUUGUUGUUGACAGUUUAUUGUGUUGUUGUUGACAUUUUGUUGUGUUGUUGUUGACAGUUUGUUGUGUUGUGUUGUUGUUGACAGUUUAUUGUGUUGUUGUUGUGUUGUUGUUGACAGUUUGUUGUGUUGUUGUUGUGUUGUUGUUGACAGUUUGUUGUGUUGUUGUUGACAGUUUAUUGUGUUGUUGUUGACAGUUUAUUGUGUUGUUGUGUUGUUGUUGACAGUUUGUUGUGUUGUUGUUGACAGUUUGUUGUGUUGUUGUGUCGUUUGAGGUGCGGCUGAUCCGGUGGUGCUCAGGGGUCGGAUGUUGAUCACAGGUGGAGCCGUUUUUUCGGAGGCGCUCAGAAACUGCAGCUCGACGCUCUUCAAAUCUCUCGCCUACGACGUCCAACUGCUGGUGAGACCAAGGACCGUUUGUGUGUUUGUGUGUUUGUUUAUGUGUUUGUUUAUGUGUUUGUUUGUUUGUGUGUUUGUUUGUUUAUGUGUUUGUUUGUUUGUGUGUUUGUUUGUUUCUUUGUUUGUGUGUUUGUUUGUUUCUUUGUUUGUGUGUGUGUGUUUGUUUCUUUGUUUGUUUGUUUGUGUGUUUGUUUGUUUCUUUGUUUGUGUGUUUGUUUGUUUCUUUGUUUGUUUGUUUGUUUGUUUGUUUGUUUAUGUGUUUGUUUAUGUGUUUGUUUGUUUGUUUGUUUGUUUGUUUGUUUGUGUGUGUGUUUGUUUGUUUGUGUGUUUGUUUGUUUGUGUGUUUGUUUGUUUGUGUGUUUGUUUGUGUGUUUGUCUGUUUGUUUGUGUGUUUGUUUGUUUGUUUGUUUGUGUGUUUGUUUGUUUGUGUGUUUGUCUGUUUGUUUGUGUUUGUUUGUGUGUGUGUUUGUUUGUUUGUUUGUUUGUGUGUUUGUUUAUGUGUUUGUGUGUUUGUUUAUGUGUUUGUCUGUUUUUGUGUGUUUCUUUGUGUGUGUUUGUUUGUUUGUUUGUGUGUUUGUUUGUUUGUUUGUGUGUUUGUUUGUUUGUUUGUUUGUAUGUGUGUUUGUGUGUUUGUUUAUGUGUUUGUGUGUUUGUUUGUUUGUGUGUUUGUUUGUUUGUGUGUUUGUUUGUUUGUGUGUUUGUUUGUUUGUAUGUGUGUUUGUUUGUUUGUUUGUUUGUUUGUUUGUGUGUUUGUUUGUUUGUUUGUGUGUUUGUUUGUAUGUGUGUUUGUGUGUUUGUUUGUUUGUAUGUGUGUUUGUGUGUUUUUUCCAUGUGUCGUCUCUCCCCUGAAAUACUCUGGCGCCCCCUAUUGAAGGUGUGUCCCUCUGCUGUUCUGAGGGGGGCGCUGUUGAGCGCAUUUGUCAUUGUUUACACUUUAGAGUGUGUACUUAAGGAACAGACUUUGGAGGAUACUCCUUUAAGUACUCUGAACACCUGUAGUACCUGAGUGUACCUGUAGUAGCUGUAGUACCUGUAGUACCUGUAGUACCUGAGUGUACCUGUAGUAGCUGUAGUACCUGUAGUACCUGUAGUACCUGAGUGUACCUGUAGUAGCUGUAGUACCUGUAGUAGCUGUAGUACCUGAGUGUACCUGUAGUAGCUGUAGUAGCUGUAGUACAGGUACACUCAGGGUGGGGGAGUGGUUUGGUUAGUCAGCCUGUGGAGUCACAUGAUGUCAGUCUGUCCUCUGAUUGGUUGGCAGGUCUCAGAUGCGUUCCGUCACUCUGCGCUCCAUCAUCUCU